AUGCUAAUAUAUUUAUUACAAAAAGAGCCUGAUGAAAGAUGUCAUAAAGAUCAUUUAGCCAUAGAAGAUCAAUUGAUUUGCUUAUAAUAUUUUGAUCAUUUACUUAAUUAAACAAAAACUAAACUUUAUAAGGCUUUGUUACAUGUUAUGGCACAAAAUGCAGUACUGACAAAUUAUGAAUCAGGUAAUUUUGAUUCAUUAUAAAGGUUCGAUAAUAUGGAAAUUUAAUGAUAGAUAAGAUAAAAUCAUGAUUUUGUAUUCUGGUUAAAUAUAAGAGUAUAGAGAAAUCUCAGAGGAUGAAUUAGAUGAAAAAAGAAAAAACUUAAUGAAAUUAUAUAAAUCAGAUAUAUUUUUAGAAAGACCAGGUCGAAAAGUUACUUCAACAUACUAAUAAAAUGGUUUAUUAAAUUUGACAAUUAAUGAUUAACCCAGAUUACGUAGAGCAUAGGUUUGUGAAAUACCUCAAAAGAUUGAGUUAAAAAGAACAAGCAGUAUACGGCAUAACCGUUUUCCUUAAUUACCACCUUUAUACUUAUAGUCUUUAAAUACAGAAUUACAUUAACUGUUAAAAGGCAUAAAAUUAAACAAUGAAUCAUACAUUUAAUAUUUAUUAAAUCAAUGCGUUUGUAAUACAAAAUAAACUCAUUUAUUUCAAGAAGGAGAAUUAUUAAAUAAUGAUCUUGUAUUGAAAAAACACAACACUUUAUUGCUUGCUCUAUCUGAUUGUGUAAUAAUUUAGAUGAAUUUAAGUGAUUAUUAAUAUGUAGAGAACUAAAUAAAAAUAUAAAAAUAAUCAAAAAUAUAUAGAUAAUUAGAAGCUGGAUUUGUAAGUGAAAUUGCUGAAUCAGAAACUGAAAUGCAUUAAUUAAUUAAAACCUUAAUGAGUAAAUUUAUAAAAUUUAAAUAUAAUCCUAAUAAUACUAUUUAUUAGAAAGGACAAUAAUUGACAUAUAUUUAUGUUCUUGUUUCUGGAGAAUGUCAAAUUAAUGAUGAUCAUAAUGCUUUGGCACGUGUUAAUUAAGGAUGUUUAUUGGGAGAAGAAUCAUUUGAUAAUAAUUAAUAUUAAUACAAAUGCAUUACAACUACUAAAUGUAAAUUAUAUGGAGUCAAAAUUAUUGACAUUAAUUUAUUAUGUUAAAGAUAUUAUUGGUUUAAAUAACAAUUAUUAAAUAAAAAGUAAAUUAAAUCAAAUUGGCUAAAUAGUAGAUGUAUUGAUUAAUAAAAUAGAAAAAGAAUUGAUUCUACUAAUCUUAAAUUUUAAUUUCAUAUAUAAAUUAAUAAGAUUCCAAAUACUCAAUAAUAAUUAAUCAAAACUCACAGAUCUACAUAAUCUUAGAAUAUAUUUGACAAAAAUUAAUAUUAAGAAAUAAUGUCUUAUCGUAGUUCAUAUAGAAAUUCAAGUAGGUAGACAGUAAAGAUGAAAUAACUCAAACAACCUUAAUCUUAACCAAGUUUUUCUAAAGACUUUAGUAAUGAUUUUGAUAUCUUACCUAUGCUUAUGAAUUUAGACAAAAAAUAAAGUAAUAAUCUUAAAGAAUUACUAAAAAAAGGUAAAAUUAAACCUUAAUAAUAAUAACAAAAUUAAAAACCUUCUUCUGCAUAAAAUUUAUUAUCUAUUCCUUUUAAAGAGUCCACUUUAAAAAUUAUGAAACGUAUUCAAUAAUACUUAGGCUAAUGA